ACUUAAAUCGUCGCCUUGUUGUCACUCCUACUUGUGUAACGAUAUUGCUUAUCUGGAGUUAAUCUAAUUUCUUGCAACAGCAAUAUAAGUUAAUUUUAAUAAAAGUUAGAGUGGAGAGUCCGUGGAACAAUGUCGUGUUGCAGCUUUCUCCGAAUGUUAAUUAUGUGUUCCUACAUUGCAUGUUUUUGCCUGUGUUUCGUAACAGUUUCAGGUUUAAAUGAAACAACUGACAGUCAUUUUGAGCAGCAUCAACGUUUACUGGAAUCACUCAUGAAUGACUCGCAUACAAGAAAGGAAAUCCUUCCCGCUGUGGACAACAACAAGCCUGUGAAUGUUGAAAUAGGAUUAAAAAUACGACAAAUAGCAAAUGUGGACGAGAAGAAUCAAGUGAUACGCCUCAUCCUCUGGGUAACCUUGCAAUGGAGAAAUCCAUACCUCAUGUGGGAUCCUGCAGAGUAUGGCGGAAUCGAGAGUGUCCAUGCUGAUCAUGAUCAUUUUUGGGUUCCUGAUCUCGCAGUGUUCAAUGAGGCUGGUUUUGAGGACGAAAUUGUAAUUUUCCACAAGCGUUUACAGACUAAAUUGGUCAUAACAAAAGAUGGUAAUUUUACUUGGAAGGCUCCGGUUACAUUGAACAGUCAUUGCACAAUAGAUGUAGCAGACUUUCCCUUUGACGAACAAAAAUGUUACGUGGCAAUUGGCUCUUGGACUUAUGCAGGACAUAAAAUCAUCAUGACAUACUCCGAUCGCAAUGCAGACACGAGUUAUCUCAUUAAAAGUGGGGAAUGGCGUCUACAAAGUGCAAGUUUAACUCAAAAUUUCAGAUAUUAUACCCCCGACUACACUCCUCAUCCACACAUCACCUUGACAUUGGAAAUUAAACGCCGUUCAUUGUACUAUGUAUUACAAAUAGUGGUUCCGCUAGUACUCAUUUCGUUGUUACCGAUUUUGACUUUUAUUUUGCCACCAGAAAGCGAGGAGAUAACAAGUACAGUGACAACAAUUGUAGUUGCUAUUUCUGUUUACGCGAUUAUCAUAUCCUCAGCAUUACCAGAAACCUCCGAUUCUGUCUCGGUUUUGCAAAUAUACUGUUUAGGGAUUCUUGUAACCGUUGUGGUAACCUCAGUGCACGGAGCUUUGACGUCUAGAUUCGUAAAAUUGACCUCUCCCUUGCCGCAUUGGUUUAAACGUUUCAUUAAUUUUACAAAAAUUUUUACAACGCUCUUCUCGUCCACAUCGAAGCCUUCCCAGAAAUCAGAUGUACAAGGAUCGGCGCACAAUAAAACAGAUGUGGAAUCUCCUAAUCCAAACAGGAAUGAGGACAUCGAAAUGCCGUGUACUAGCGAAGAAAGUUCGCCAACGGAAAACAAUAAUCGUGACACGAAAGUCGAUGAAAAUAACGAAGAAUGGAGAUAUGCAGCAUUAGUUGUUCGUAGAAUUUUCGUAGUACUCUAUAUUGUUUCGCUCCUGGGUUUUAAUAUAUACCUGUUGGCAAAACUGUAAUGCUGUUAAACGAAAGGUGUUCUGGAAGAAAAAUAAAACAGGAACAUAUUUGAGCAAUUUGGAACAAUUAUACAAAUUCUGUUUCUGCAAUCCUUGCCAUCUAUGCAAAGAUUAUUUAUUCAGUAGCGUCUGCAAUCCUCGCCAUCUAUGCAAAUAUUAUUCAGUAGUGAUCAUAUAUAUGAAAAGAUGGUGCUAAAUUGCAUAACUUUUCUUUUUCCCAGAUUCAGUGUUGUACCUUAUGUAGCCACAAAACUUUAGGCAAUUAGGUUUCAGGAUCAAUACUUUAAAAUUCAAUGUUUACAUUAAUAUUUUGUUUUAAUUAUAAUA